GAUAUCCAAUCCAAUCCAGUUCCAAAUAUUCACGGCGUUCAGAGUUUGGGACAGUGACUGUUCUUUUCGUUUGAGCUAAGUUCUUCGAUUGCAGGUAUUUUGGAUAAACUUAGCCCGAACGAAGCGACCAGGCUCCCGGCGUCCCUCCUUAAUCUUUUCUCGGUCCGCCGUCGCCAUUGCCGCACCGCAAUCUUAAGUUCCCGGCUUCGAUCCAGAAUCUCACCUUCGACAUGUUUGUUGACGUCGCUGGCUCGUCUUCCCAAGCCUGAAGAAAAAUAAAGAAACGGCGGAAAGAGCAACUAUGACUGAGGCCGUUUUAAAAGCUCUGCGGGAGAGCAGCAAGGGGAAGCUACACUACGAUCCGUACUGGCUACAAGACGGGCGAUGGCCGGAGAUCCUGGGAGCUGCCGAGACCUUCGAGUUGGACAGCAGGCUGCUGCCGCAUAGUUUCUCUGAGGACGAUUCUGUGCCUGACCUGGAAGAGCCCGAGCCGACGCCGGCGAGCGUCGACGAGCCGUCCGAACGUGACGUCAAGCCCGCGACCGACGACACUGAGGACCUAAAGCAAUUCGUCGACACGUCUGGCACAGACCUUUCGAUACUGGAGUACGAAGAGGAGCGCCUCAACAGCGUCAGAGAGGCUCUGCGUAAGCGCUGGGCUCAGCACGAGCAGCAGCUGCUCAAGUGGCAGCAGCAGGCGCAGAAGCAUGUGCUGCUCAUGGAGCGUGACCAGCUGCUCGAGUACCAGCGGCAGUUGGACCGCCUCAACAGGGACUACGCCCAGGGGCUGCAGGACCUCGCAGAGAAGAAAGAGAAGGUUCAAGAGCACCACAAGAACCACGCGAGGCACUUGAGGAACAAGAUCAAGGAGGCUGAGCUGAAGCAGAAGGAGCUCGAGGAAGAGGAGCGAAAGAGGCAGGCGGAGUCGGAGCAGCGGGCAGAGUCCCUGAGCGCCCACUGCCGGGACAUGGAGGCGACGUUGGCGUCGGUGAGGGGCGCCCUGGAGAACUGCAGCCACGCGCGCCACCUGAGCACCGCCAGGGAGGACCACCUGGGCCUGCUGGACCGGGUGGCACGCCAGGUGGCCACUUUCGGGGCACUGCGCACGGUGUCACGCGAGGAGCUCACCCAGGCGCUUGACCUUGCCACCGAGGUGAAGGGCCUCGUACACGCCGUCAUUGCCGACAUCGAACAAGCCACUGCCAAAGGCUUGGAGACCCAGCAGCUGCAGAGGCAGAAGUCAGAGGAGCACAAUCCUUCCCGAAGGCAGUCGACGGUUGCAUCUGACACGUCUUCACUACCUGCCCCGGCUCCCAGCACCCACGUCGCGGGGAGGAGUGCGACGAGCCUCCUACAGAGGCACUCGGACAUCUUGGACAACCUGGACAAGUGGCAGGCUUCCUACAAGGAGCUGUCUCAGGACAAGACGCGCAAGAAGUACUGCUUUGACCUGCUCAAGGCGGUUACCAUCCCAGUGAAUGCACUGGCCAACUCCCUGUCGGUGCGGGACAAGCUGGACCAGCUGACUUCCAUCCUGUCCGGGAAGCCGUUCCAAUCCGGAUCGCGGACCAUCUCGACCUCCGCACAUCCGCUGGCGCAACGCUUCUGCCUCGACAAAGUUGCCGAGAAGAUUGUGCUCCAAGGGGAGGAGCAGAUCAACUCCAACGCGGACUCUGCGUUCCCCGUGGCGGCCCUGGCGGUGGGGCUCUGGUGCAAGUUCCCGGAGAUCGGCGACCUCCUACUGGGCCACUUCUACCUACGCUGCCCGUUCCUGGUGCCCGUCUUUUUCCGCCGGGACCCGAGCCAGUCCGAGACGGAGUACCUCAGCCUAUGCGGCUACAAGUGCGGCCAGGACGGCUGCCUGGAGACGGAGACUCAGUUCCUGCACCGCAUCACGGGCCUGGUGCGCCUGUACGCCGCCAUGAUUCAGACGCCGGCGCCCCCGUGGCACAAGGGCAAGCCCCACCCGCUGGGGCCGGAGCGUGGCUGGGCCUGGCUCGCCGCGACCACCAAUGCGACUCCGCCCAGCCCGGACCUGGCAGCCACCCUGCUAUGCACCUUCCUGGAGGUGGCUGGCUGGCUGCUGGGCCAGGUAUACGGGCGGCAGUUUCGCAAGGGCCUGCACAUGCUCUGCAAGGACUACUUCCCCAGGCUGAAGCAGGAGGCCGGGGGCACAAGCGGGCCUGUGGCCAGGCUCGAGGCGUUACUGCAGCAGGUGCUGCGCAGGGGGCAGGUGGCCAGGCCGGAUGCAAGCUUGGGCCAGCGGGUCUGGACAUAAUGCCGACGUGAUGCCGACGCCACACCACCAUGAUGCCGAGGCUGCAUCGACAUGUUGCCGAGGUCGCACCGACGUGUUAAUGAGGUCGCACUGACAUGUUGCCGAGGUAGUGCCGGUGUGCCGCCAAGGAAACACUGCCGUGCCACCAAGGACAUGGUGGCAUGUUGCUGAUGUCACAACGACAUGUUUCAUUAGCAUGUUAGACUUCGCACCAACAUGAUGCCGAGGUUGCACCGACAUGUGGAAAAGGUCACACGAAUGUGUUACCAAGGUUGCACCGACAUAUUGCCAAGGCUGCACCAACAUGUUGCCAGGGUUGCAUUGACGUAUUAUCGAGGUCGUGUUGCCGAGGUCGUUCUGAUGUGCUGCCAAUGUUGCUCUACGUGAUGCCCAUGUGUCACCGACACGAUGUCGAGGCCGCACACGAAUCGCCACAAAACCUUGCAUGUCAGAAAGUGCUACAAGCUUUGAUGGUGUUGAGUCCUGUUAGUUCUUCAUGUUACGAACUCCUCCUAAAGGAGAGGUGAAUGAGAGUAAAUAGAUAGAUCACGAGAGUAGAAGCUAGACGAUUGUUAAUGAUGGCGCAAGAAGCCGUGUUUACCAGAUUCUUAACCCAGGGAUCUGCGACAGCGUGGUGUGGUAGGAGAUCAAAGCAUUAUUGUCGCUCGUGCAGCGAAGGUGCCCCAAUCAAUUGUGGUUGCAACUUUGGGAGGGUUGGGAACAAAGAUGAAUCUGCUGGCGGGGCCAGCUUGUCCAUGGCAGUGAAUGAGUUGAGUAUAGGGACGAGGCCUGGUGUGGAGGACAAGACAUACUAAUCGAGGUUCCUGACCUGAUUAGAAGUUUAAGGAAUUUUUGUCGCAAGUUAUAGUUAGGAUUCUUGUGUGCUACACUUCAUCCUCUGUUGCCUGCCUCAUUUCAGUUUGAUUAGGAUUUUGAAGAUUCAAUCAUGGCAAUACUUCAUACUUCGUUUUAUGGCUGCAGGUGAGAUAUCUUUGCAGUGCCCAAGCCAUGUUUACAGGAAUUUAUGGUGCGGGAUUGUCGACGACAUAUUUCUUUUUAUGGAGUCUUCUCAUGCCCAAGCCAUAUUUGCCAUGGCUAUGCAACUGUGUAAAUGGUCUGUACAGAUUAUAAAUUGUUUUAUCUUUCUGCCUUUAGUUUUACAAACAAAUGCACUCAAACCCACGGCAGUUCCAUGCUCGAAUGCCGAUCUGCCCCUCGGUGGUUUAGAUGGACCAUGAAGUGAUAUUAGGUAUGAAUUCAAUGGGGCAAAAUAAACCUUACUCAUGAGUGUUGGACCUGGAAACAUGAUUUUCGCUGUUAAAGUCAGGAAAUAAAAGCAAAAUACUUUU